GCGCUGUAACAAGAGACGACUACCCGCAGUGUAUUCGAUUAAAAGAAAAAUUUUACUGCAAUCAAUGUCAACCGCAGAUAGCAUGAAACAGAAAUAUCAAGCUUCAAGAAAGCAACUAUUUAAGGAGCAUUCUUCCAAAUGUUCCGAUCCAGUAUUGUAGUAGAAGUGCAGCUUAGUGAGUCUCCGCAGCGGAGAUGGAGUUCAACAGGAUAUUCCUCUGGAUAGGGGGACUCCUGCAGCUGAUGGUACUUGCGUACUGUCAGCCGGCCGCUCAGCCCACUCCGGACAAGAGUAAUGUCUAUAAAGAUUUGCUGCUUGGCAAAACGGAAGAAGAUUUUGCCAGUAUGAUUAGUGUAGAGGAACUCGGACAGCCGAAGCUGCUGUUUUUCCGUACUCCAAUAACUUCCUUUGCGGAUGUAAGCCUAAGCGACGGAUACGAUAAACGAACUGUCAACAUGUAUAAAAAUAUGAUGCUAAAUAAAGACGCACCCGAAACUCUGAUCGAAGAUCGCGAACAAAGUAAGGAAGCUGCUCGGUUCACGUUUCCACGGGUUGCGGUGAAACGAUCGCCAGGAGCGAUUCUCAGCUGGGCUAUUCCAGCGGCAAACAGAGUCCGCGUUAUCAACACCAACUAUCGACCCCCUGGAAUGAAUAGACCGGCAGCUUAAGCUGAAUGAGAAUGAUUGAUGACCUCCAAGUAACGAUUGGACUUCAAUAAAAAAAAACCGACACAAUCGAUGUUCCACCAACCAAACCAAAGGCAUCUUCAGAACCACGUGUGAUCGUAAUAAUGCUAGCAUCAAUAUGGAUUUAAACAAUGUUCUGUUCUUUCAAUACAUUUUUUCGGGUUAGGAAGUUCAAACACUA